AUGGUCAUGCUGGAUAUGGAAGCAACAACAGGAACAUUGGUCAUUGCAGGAAGUGAAACCACUUCGACAGUGCUACUUUCAACAACGAGACACCUAAUGUUGCAACCUGAGAAGAAGGAAAAGUUGAGGAAAGAGAUUAGAGAGACGUUCUCGGAUGAGUCUGAGGUUACACUGAAAGCUCUCAAGAACCUCCCUCAUCUCACAGCCGUAUUCCAAGAACACUUUCGAUGUACUCCGCCAGUGCCAUGCUCUAUACCGCCAACUGUUCCAGACGGUGGUGACAAAAUUGCUGGAGAUGUGGAUCCAGGAGGCACAUUCGUCGGAAUUCCUCAAAUCGCUGCAUAUCGCUAUCCUGAUCAUUUUGCCCAUGCCGAUCACUUCAUACUGGAGCGCUGGCUAUCAUCAACCUCAUUUCCUCUAUUCGAACCGACUACCUACAAUCCAUACUUCGACAAAGAAACCCUCAAAGAUUAUAACUUCAAGAUUGUGUAG